GUCUCUCGCACUGAUUGGACAGGCGGUGAUUCUUAUUAUUCGAGUCUCGAAGAAGCUGGAAGCUAUUGGUUUAACGGAAUGGUACCCAACGGCGUCCUUCUCAAUGAUGCCACCAUCAUGAAUCAGACGCGGUACUUCUUGGAUUAUGUCCUUGACCACCAAGAUGCUACCGGCUGGCUUGGCCCCGAAGUCAACACAACUAAGCCGCGAUACCUAUGGGGACGCUAUCCGUUUAUGUUUGGCGCGAUUCAGAUGGUUGAGGCUGACCCUUCUUUGACGGACCGUGUUGUUACGGCCCUACACAAAUUCGUCAAGUUGGCAAACGCUAUGCUUCACAAUGGUGAAGGUGUAGAAGACUGGACCGCCACCCGAUGGGAGGAUUUCGUUAUGGUCUGCCAGUGGCUAUAUGACUUCCAUCCAGAUGGGAAUGAGGACCUUUUAAUCGAUACAAUGAAGCAGCUUAAGUAUACGGGCGAUCCAUGGGAACUCGUCUUUCAGGAGCAGUACUUCCCCACCGGACCCGUCGAGAAUUUGCGAAAUCCGUUCUCUGUGUUGACAUGGCACGGUGUCAAUAUGGCGGAAGGAUCGAAGGCUCUUCCUUCAACGUACCGCUUUACUCACAACCAAUCUGAUCUGGACGUUGCUAGCUCCGGUUGGGAUCUCCUCUUCAAGUAUCAUGGGCGCCCAUCCGGCAUUUACGCAGCCGACGAAUACUUGGCUGGUCUUGAGGCCGCGCGAGGGACCGAAUUAUGCCUCGUUGUGGAAACCAUGUUUUCGGGAGCUUAUCUCUUUCAGGUGAUCGGAGACCCCAAGUUCGUAGAAAGGGUCGAGCGGAUCGCCUACAACGCACUUCCGGCUACCUUAACGGGCGACAUGUGGUCGCGACAAUAUUUGCAGCAGCAAAAUCAAAUCGCUGCGAAGAACAUGACGCCUAAUCCUUUCCCGAACGAUGGACCAUAUUCCAAUGUCUUCGGCCUUGAACCGAAUUACCCGUGUUGCACGGUCAAUCAUCCUCAAGGAUGGCCUAAAUUCAUUACGCACGCGUUCAUGACCACACACGACCAAAAGUCCUUGGCACAGGUGUAUCUGGGACCUUUCAACACUCAAACGACCUUGGCGAACGGCAACAAGGUGACGGUUGCAGUGGACACACUCUACCCAUUCAGCGACUCCCUUGCCAUCACUGUUACCGCCAACGCGGCGUUCACGUACAUGGUUCGCGUGCCAAGCUGGGUGACGAACGGCACGAUGUCUGUCAACCGUGGGGCGGCCAAGGGGCUCUCUCCGAAGAAUGGGUUCCAAUCCAUCUCCUUACCGAGCGGGACCACGAAUAUCACCCUCAACUUGCCUGCACCUAUCACCCUCGAAUCCCGCCCUCACGGUUCCGUCGCCGUUCAUCGGGGCCCGCUGCACUAUGCCUUUGAUAUUCCAAGGUCACAAAAGGUCCUUACUCAAAAUGCGCAGCAGCCGCUGGCGAAAGAUUUGGAGUUCGACUCCGCCUCCGAAUGGCGCUACGCAAUUGACACCACCUCAUUGAAGUUCCAUAGCAACCCACCAGCAUCCGGCAAGCUGCCUUCCCCCGUCUUCGACUCUGGACUGCCGCCACUGUCGAUCUCAGUCUCAGCAUGUGUUAUCGACUGGGACACCGCCGGGGAUACAUUCGCGGCGCCUCCGCCGCAGUCACCAGUCACUUGCAAAGGCAAUGCUACCCAACUUGCGUUGACGCCUUACGGUGCAACCAAGUUGAGAAUCGGAGAGUUCCCAGUCUUCAAAUAGCUUUCUACACGGAUAAGCACUGGGGAGCUCAUAGGAGACAAUGUCG